AUGGCGAGACAUCGUGUGACCAAGAGCAACGUUCGUACGUGGCUUACAUGCGCAGUGGGCUCGGAGACGGAGACGGUCACCUUUGAAGGCAUCCCAUUCCCGGCGGAGAUCACCGCCGGCGGCAAGCCUCUCUCCCUCCUAGCCAACGGCAUCACUGACAUCGAGAUCCACUUCCUGCAGAUCAAGUACAACGCGAUCGGAGUCUACCUCCACACCACCGACACCACCCUCCUAGGCCACCUCGGCGCGUGGAAGGGCAAGACGGCGGAGGAGCUCCUGGCCGACGCCGCCGUCUGGUCCGCCCUCGUCUCGUCCCCCGUCGAGAAGCUGCUCCGCGUGGUGGUCAUCAAGGAGAUCAAGGGCUCGCAGUACGGCGUGCAGCUGGAGAGCUCCGUCCGGGACCGCCUCGCCGCCGCCGACCUCUACGAGGACGAGGAAGAGGAGGCGCUCGAGAAGGUGGCCGAGUUCUUCCAGUCCAAGUAUUUGAAGCCGGGCUCCGUCAUCACGUUCCAUUUUCCCGCAACUCCGGGGCCCGCCGAGAUCACCUUCGUCACGGAGGGCAAGGGCGACGCCAGGAUCACGGUGGAGAACGAGCACGUCGCCGGCAUGAUCCAGAAGUGGUACCUCGGCGGCGAGAACGCCGUGUCUCCCACCACCGUCCGCAGCCUCGCCGACCGUUUCGCCGCGCUGCUCGCCGUCGCUGCGUGA